AUGUACUUAUGCUUUGGAGGACUGAAACAUGGAUUCAAGUUAGCUUGCAGAAGAGUAAUUGGUCUUGAUGGGACUCACAUAAAAAAUCACUACAAAGGGCAGAUUCUCACAGCAGUUGGAGUAGACCCAAACAACUGUAUGUACCCUCUUGCUUAUGCUGUUGUUGAAGCUGAAAACAGAGACUCUUGGGAGUGGUUUGUGAAGCUCCUUAAACAAGACAUUGAUGCUGGGGAUGGCAGGGCAUGGACCAUUAUAAGUGAUAGACAGAAAGGACUCCUAAAUGUUGUUGCAGAGCUCUUGCCAGCAGCUGAACACAGGUUUUGUGUUAGACACAUGCACAACAACUUCAAGCAAAAGUUUCCAGGAAGGUCCUUGAAAGAUAAGAUGUGGUGUGCUGCUAGAGCUCCUAAUGUGCAAAAAUUCAAUGAGUACAUGGAACAAGUUAAGAGUGAGCUGCCUGCUGCUUUUGAUUGGUUGGCAGAAGUUCCUACACACCACUGGUCUAGGUCAGCUUUCAAAUGUGAGAACAAAUGUGAUAUUCUAUUAAAUAACAUGUGUGAAUCAUUCAACAGAAGCAUUGUGGUUGCAAGGUCUGAAUCUAUACUUGUAAUGCUUGAGAUGAUAAGGGAAUAUCUCAUGAAUAGAUUACAGAAAAAAAGAGAGAAGGCUGCCAGUUGGGAGGAUAGGAGAGUGACUCCAAAAUGUGGAUUGAUGAUUGACAAAUACAAGAGAUGGAGUGGUAAUGUUUAUGUUGCAUAUGCAGGAUAUAAUGAGUUUCAAGUUAAUACUGUUAGUGGUAAUCGAUUUGCUGUUGACCUCAACAACUAG